AUGUAUGUUAACGUGAUAUUAAAAGUUUCCAUUUUGUCUACAGAAAACCUGGCGCCUUCUGAACUGAAGAAGCUCAGAAACAAACAGCGGAAAGCGAAACGUAAAGCUGAGCAGGAAAGCGCGUUGGCUGCACAGGUUCAGGUGAAGCGGGAGCAGCACCACAAAGCGAGACAGCAACAGGAGCAGGGCGACCCCGAGGCGCCGCAGCUGGAUGAGCUCAUACCGGACAAACUAGCCAGGGCGGAAGACCCAUUAGAACAAGCACUCAAGUUCCUACAACCGCUGCGGACGCUGGCCGCGGAUAGAAUAGACACACAUUUAAUGGCCUUCGAAAUAUAUUAUAGAAAAGAGAAGCCGCUGCUAAUGCUGCAGAGCUUGAAGCGCGCGUGGCGGCUGGACUCGGCGCAGCACCACCUGCACGACUGCCUCGUGCGCUUCCGCUGCUGGCUCGACGCCGCGCCGCCGCUGCAGGCCGCCGUCGCCGCCGUCGUGCGCGCCGAGACCGACCAGAUGUUCGCGGGCCGGAGCGCCGUGCAAAUGGCGGAGGAGUACCUGGCGGGCCCGGGCAGCGCGUCGCAGGCCGGCGCGCUGUGGGCAGCGCGCGCGCUGCGCCGCCUGCAGCCCGCGCCGCUCGCGCUGCGGCACGCCACC